UUCUUCUGCGGUUGUAGUCAGUUGUUUUCCUGCUCAGACGCGGCUAGUUCAAGUUGCCAUAGUACGGCGAUGCAUAAUCUCUGUUGUUUUCUUUCAACUAAAAAUUCGCGUAAGCGAUACAGUCAUGGAAUAUAUUUUACAUAUCUCCGGUGAACAAAUGUAGGGUUUUGCGGUCGUUAUGGCACUACAUCGUGAUUAGCUUGGCAAGCUUUAGGUGUGCUAGCUAGCAUUUAGUGUUUGUCACUUGUUGCUAGUCAAGCGGAGCAUCAUCCCUCAACAAUGCUACAGACAAGAGUUGAAUAGGAAAACUGAUAAAGAUAUAUAUAUAUAUUAAAAUAUAUAUAUAUAUUUUUUUUAGAAUUUUACUGGUCUCGGAGAAGUUUUACGUCGUUUCGUAGCAAAGCGAAAGCUUUCCAAUUGCGUCGCGAAUGUGUUUUACAAUUCUUUUGUCAUUGAGCGUUUUUUUAUUUUUAUUUUUUAUUUUUUUAUUUUUUAUAUAUAAACUCCGGUUACUAAUCUUCAGACUUCUUCAGUCGUUUCUCGAACCGUAAUUCCGAAGAAUGGACACAUCCAGUGGGUCAGAUUCACACGACAGACUUUGUGAAGCCCACCGCAGACCUCCACGGGAAAGAGGCCGAGCCAGUGGGCGAGCAGCUGACAUCUCAGAGAAGAUCAGCACACUGUGCAGCACUUUGCAGGACACCAAUCGGAACUUGACCAAGGUGGACCAUAUGCUGGGCCAGUACCGAGAGCAGUCCAUUGACCAGGCUGAGGCCAUGGCUUUGCUUCGGGAUAACCUGGAAGAGUCCAUCAGUCAGCUACAGGCACAGAGGCUGAGCAGGACCAAUGGUGCUCACAGCAGUGCUUCUGCCUCCAGCCUGCAUUCCAGUGACAUGGAUUGUUGCCCUGGAUCAGAUGGCCAACAUUUCAAACCAACUUCUCCACUAAAAGACUACACAGGAACGCCUGGGAGGAGGAGGAGGUCUCAGUCUGCAAGUGUUCGCUUCAAGAAUAGCAGCUUGUUGGGAGAGGAUAUUCACACUUUGCACCAGUCCUUGAGGGAUCUGCGUUGUGACCAACAGAGACUGUCAGUGGACCUGGAUCGAGAAAUUAUCAGGAGGAAUAGGGCUGAUGUUGACACCAGGCUUGCAAUAGAGAGCCUCUCUGAUCACGUCGCCCCUUUACAGCGACAGGACUCUAGACACAAAGUCAAUGUCAGUGAGAGAGAGGACACCGUGACGUCCAGACUACUGAAUGCAGAAAAGGAGAGGUCCAAAACGGAGCAGGAGCUGGAAAAAGUUCAAGGACUACUUGAUCAGUCAGAGGACAGCAGAGUGUCGCUGCUUCAACAGGUGGAGAAAAUGCGGGGUGAUCUGCAGAGGGCCAGGAAGGAGAAGACAGAGCUUCAGAGGGUCUGGCUACAGCCUGGUCAUGGCAACUAUACAGGCAGGGAAGAGGGAAGAUUACCAGAUGGUUCAUAUAUGGAAAAUGAGGUAGCAGAACUGCGAGCACAACUGCGCAAGGCAUCGGCCAACAAUGAGGUUGAGGAACUGAAGAAGGUUGUGGACCGCAAGGAGAGAGAGCGGAUACAGCUGAGUAUCCAGUUGGAGGGCUUGUCUGCAGACUUGGCACAGCGGGAGCAACAGCAAAUGCGAAUGCUUGAACAACUGAGAGACAUACAGAGUCGAGGGCAGACUGAGAGGACUGAGACUGAGGCUUUACUCCAGGAGAGCACAAGAAGCAGAGACGAACUGAAGGCCAAGGCCCAAAAGGCUGUGCGCCAAUGGAGGGCAAAGUGCAAUAGACUGCAGAAGGAGCUGGAGGAGGCCCGGGCCCACGUUCGGCUGCACACUGACAAGGCAGCACAGGUAGCCAAAGAAAGGGAGGGCUCGCACACCCAGCUGAAAGCACUGAGCCAGCAGGCUGAGGCUGCCCGCCGAGAGCUGGCUGAAAACCUACAACGUUUGGCCCAGCGUGAAGAGGAGCUCCACCGCAAGGACGUGGCGCUCUCUGAGAGCUGCCAGCGCCAACUGGCUCAAGAGCAGGAAAUUCGGGAGGUGAAGGAGUCUUCUGCUGCCCUUCAGAUGGAAGUUCGGCAUCAGUCAGACAACCUGGUAAGAGUGAGGGAAGAGAAGCAGAGGCUCCUAGAACAAUUUGAAACGCAAGCCCAUCUCAGUCAGAGAGACCACAAUAAGCAAGCUGACCUCCAGGUCACAGUGAAUCAAAUGACGUCAGCCCAUGCCCAAAAAGCACACCGCUUGACUGAGGCAGAAGCUUCCAAGAAGGACCUUCAGAAGGUCACGGCGGAAUUGCAGGCCAAACUGGCUCUGGUACAGAAAGAGCCGGAUACGCUGAGGCAACAGCUGCAGCUUGAGAGAGAGGUUCAUCAGAAGGAGCUGGACAACCUGAAGGCCACAAUUGAAGAAGGCAGGACGAAGAACAAGGAAAUGCACGACAUGCUCCUACUCUGCCGUCAGCAGCGUGAUGAAAUCCAGUCACAGUUAAACGAUGUUAAGGCAGGUGCCGUGUCGGACAAGAAGUUGUGCGAGGCGCUGUGUGUCAAGUUGGACAGGAUGAAGUAUGAGUGCGAUAAGCUGGCUGCACAGCUGAGCUCAAAAGAGGAUGCACAUGCACUCCUCUACAAAAAAUACCAGCUACUUAAACUGGAGCUGGAUGAAGUCAGGUCAGAUGGAGGGCAUGCAACAGUAGCAGAGCUUGUUAUACUGGAAGAGAAGGUGGCAGAGAUGGAAGCAGAACAUGGGACACUUCUUUCCUCCAUCAGUGAGGAACUUGAUGCAGCUCUCCAAGGCCUGCCAAGGAAUGGUGAAGACAACUUUCAGGCAACUACGAAAACUGGAUUAGUAAAAGACCACUCCCUUUGGCUAGCAGAGACAAAGUCCAAGCUACGCUGGCUGCGUAAGGAGGUGCGGGAGCAUGACACAAGAGAACAGCGCCUGAGGAGGCAGCACAAGCACACCAGGGAUGAGCUGAAAGCACUCAGGCAGACUCGGAACACAGACCGGGAUGCUCUCUUGCAGCGGCUGGAUGAACAAGAAAAGCUGCUGCUCUCCAUCAGCACUGAAAAAAAAGAACUGUUAGAGGGGAAUCGCAAGAAGGAUGACGAAAUGAGAAGCCUUCAGGAUCGUGUUUUGGAUCUAGAGUUGAAAUCAAGGGCAGCAAUGGACGACUUGGAGUCAAUUCCAGAUCAGCGGUAUCUGGCAGACAAUUUCAAGGACAUAGAGGAGUCACAAUGGCAGAAGGAAGUGGUCGAGCAGUGCUACACCAAACACAAAGAAAUCGUCUGGGACCUGCAGCACCAGCUUAAUGAGUCGAAACGCAAAAUCCACGAGUGCAGGGAGGAGAAGUUAGAUGCCACAUCCAGGAGUAUGAGACUAGCUGUCCUGGCUUCUUCCAUCACGAGUUCUGUGAGAUCCGAUACACUGUCUCCGCACAAACGCCUGACCACUUCCGACCUCGACGACUCUGCAGUCAACGUGGCCAAAUUCCUCACAGAUCCUUUACGGCUCAACCAUAAGUGAACUUGUUUCUUUUGUUGUUGUUUUGCAUGUGCACACACUGGACCGGCGAUCAAACAACAACUUGACUCUGCUUGCAAGUCUUCUGACUACCUCAAACACAACCCCUGAUGGUGCACCAUCCCCAAUUUAGUGCGACUUUGAGACUGUAGUCGAGGGGGACUGCUGAUUCAGUCUACAAACCUGAACUGAAUUUAUUUACGCCAAUACAUAGUGUACAUGCAUACAUAUGCCAGUAUGUUUGGAACUGGAAUGGCUCAGUGUAAGAGAGAUCACCAGUGCCUUUUGCAUUUUUUGAAACAAUGUGUCAUCAUGAUAGUAUUCUGUUUGUGUUUUAUAUAUUUGUAAAAGAAAAACUAAAGUCUAUUUUUUAUGAACCGUGAAGAAGACUAUGAAGUACGAAUAAAUCCUGAGGGGGCCUAUCAUUUUUUUUCCUGAAACCCCUGGUUGUUGAUUUAUUUCAGUGUUUGUUUGCAAAGGGUUUGCUUUGCAGCAACAGAUGCAGCUUCUCCCGCUGAGAGAUAUUUAUUCAUACUUUUUCUUAAAAUAUUUUAUUGACUAAAUCAAACAAGCGAGAACUACCUUCUUGUGGAGCCUGUUGUGUAAAUAUUCGGGUCUUUACAGUAAUCUCUUUUACACAACGUAAACGAAGGGAAGAUAACAACAUGUAAUCUACUAGGGUAGCAAUAAAAUUAGUCAAGUAAUUAAAAAGCGUCAAAAGGGUUUUAUGGAACAUCCUGGGGACAGCAAAGCUCGAACUAGAGCCGGCCGAUAAUAUCGCAUCACCGAUAAAAGCAACAUCGGUCACUAUUGUAACUGAUGUGUUGGCAUUUUUUGCUGUGCUGAGAUUCUGUAGCGCUGCACUCUGCCUGAGUGAACCUUCCUCCACUUAAUAUAGAUGGAUGGUGGGGAAAAUAUAUUAUUUUUAGCUGUCUGAUAAGUGUCUCUGAGGAUGCUUAAUCUAUGUAUUUCCAAACAGAUUAUGUUCACGUUGAUAUUUGCGCUUGCCUAGAUAAAUCACAUUUGGUGGGCUUAGCAAUCAUUCCCACUCAGAGAAGGCCCUGGCUCCCUAAUGUGCUUCUUAAUACUGCAACUGCAUGCCGAACGAGGCGCCUGCUUAUCUCCACUAUAUUAGGCAGCAAAACACAUUUAAACACACAGAUCCAUCCUGCUGCUCCCGGCGGACUCGUUUCCCCACCUACGCCGUGCCCUGUCAUUAGUCCAGCUUGUCAGGUGACAGAUGCUAAUGAAUACAAUCACAGCUUUGCACUGGCUCGCGCUCUGUUUUACCACAGAGAAAAAUAAUGCUACAUGGUUUAAAAAAAACAAAACAAAAAGCUUGCAGUCACCGAGAAAAUGAGUUUCAAUUACCUUUAGUGUAAAUGAAAUGAUAUUAUUAGGCAAUUAGCAGGCUCACGUAGUUAUAAACACGUUCUUCUCCAAUUUUAAACUGAUUUAUCGCCUGCGUGUUAAGUGGUCAAACGCUUGUGGUGAGCGUUUAGCUUGCCUAACAAACAGUAGCCUCGGUAUGCGUGUAC